AACAAAUCGAGUGGAUUUUGGCCGGUGCUGGCCCCAGCCUGGCGCCAGGAGGCCAGAGCCUGGCUCCACGCAGGGCUGGGGGGGCCGGAGCAGGCGCGGGGAUCACCCCAGGACACGCCAGGGCGGCGGGGCGCGGCGCCCCAUCCCGCCCGUGCCCGUGGGCGCUGCCUGACCCGCCGUGCCCGGCCACAGCAGCGGGCGACGUCCCGUGAUCGGCGGCCAAGGGUUGCGCCGCACCGCGACCUUUGAGAUGAGCCGCGCUCGCCCCGCGGCACCCGGCGCCCGGCACCCCCCCAGCAGGGCGAUGGCAGCCACGCGGGUGCUGCUGCUGGCGCUCGUGGCCUGGCCGGCUGCCGCGGCGCAGGACUCGCUGCUCAACAUCUGCAUGGACGCCAAGCACCACAAAACGGAGCCCGGCCCCGAGGGGCAGCUCUACGGGCAGUGUGCCCUUUGGAAGGAGAACGCCUGCUGCACCGCCAACACCAGUUUGGAGGCUCACCAGGACCAGUCCUACCUGUACAACUUCAACUGGGACCAUUGCGGGGCCAUGCCCGAGAAGUGCAAGCGUCACUUCAUCCAGGACACGUGUCUCUACGAGUGCUCCCCCAACCUGGGGCCCUGGAUCGACCAGGCGGACACCAGCUGGCGUAAGGAGCGGAUCCUGCACGUGCCGCUGUGCCGGGAGGACUGCGAGCAGUGGUGGGAGGACUGCCAGGACGCCGUCACCUGCAAGGUCAACUGGCACAAGGGCUGGAACUGGACCACAGGCACCAACCAGUGUCCCCAGGGUGCCAUGUGCCAGAAGUUCAAGUACGUCUUCCCCACCGCCGCCGACCUCUGCGAGCAGGUCUGGUCCCACUCCUACCGCUACACCACCCACCGCCGCGGCAGCGGCCGCUGCAUCCAGAUGUGGUUCGACCCCGCGCAGGGGAACCCCAACGUCGCCGUAGCUCGGUACUACGCCCGUGGUGCCGCCGUGGCCCCCCCCGGCCCCCCGCUCCUCGUCCUGCUGGCCCUGCUGCCCCUCGCCCUCCUGGCCUUGCUCUGAGCAGGGGCAGCUGCAGGCAGGAGCGGGCAGCGGAUGGGCAGGGGGGGGGGGUGUCCGGGCUGCCCCGUGUCCCCCCCCCCCUCCCCCCGUGGGAUGUCCCCAGGCUGCACCGGCCGCUGUGUCCCGUCCCCCCCCCAAUAAAUGCUCCUGCCCCACUCAGUGUCGGGGUGCCGUGGGGCUGGGGGAGGCGGGAUGGGGGGCACCCAUCUCGGGGACCCCCCCGUUUAUCCAUCCCGACCCGCCGGGCUGC